AAGACGCGGAAGAGAGAACUACUUCCUACUCACUUCCGUGUUCGUUUGGCGGUUUUCUCUCAAACGUUGGCCCGGCUUUUACUUUACAGGUCAUCAAGGUACUCGUUAGUAUUAUCGGUGUCGUUGUGUUGCCUAGUGCACUCUAGUAAGACGCGAGGACUUAUUCAGUAAGAGACUACACAACAAAUAACACUCAUUCGUGACAACUCAGGAAGCCAUGGGCAUGCGCAGUGUGACCUCAAUGUUAGGAACUUCAUAACGAUAAGUAUUUAAACCAGACCUUCCCACCUUCAAAAGCCUUCUCAAAACACACCUCUUCAGAUCUGCUUUUAACCUGUGAUUAGUGUUCUGUGUCUUCUAAUGUCCUGUCUUAUAAUUGUCCUGUCUUAUUAUGUAUUUUACAAUGUACUGCUUUUAUAUUUCCUGUAUUUCAUAUUAUUACUUAAAAUUGUUUUAUAUUUUAAUUAUUUUUUUAUUCUGUAAAGCGUCUUUGAGUGCUCAGAAAAGCGCUAUAUCAAAUAAAACGUAUUAUUAUUAUUAUUAUGAUUAUUAUAAACCUGGAUCUGAUUAAAAUAAACACGCCUAUCGCCAAAUCCAUCCAUACAUCCAUUUUUUGGGUUUGCGGGGGAAGUUUACUACAUAUAGUGUAGUAGACGUUAUUAUUUAUUUUUCUUAAUCGUCUAACUCACUACCGCCUUCUAUUGGACGGGAGGUCAUGCGCGUCCAUUGUGUUGCUAGGAGAUGUACUGUACUGUGUAACACACUCCAGUAACAACGUAUUUAAACAUCGAUGCUUUUGACUUUAAAAGUUACAACGGAUUUUCGGACGUUAAUGUGUCAGAAGGAAGAAGGUGCUUCUCACUGGCUGAUAUCUUUCAGAAAGGCAGAGGAGCAAAAAAGCAUGAAUUUGUGCAGAAGACAAAAGGAGAGUUGUGAUAAAGAAAAGAGCUGCCAUGGAUGUUAUACUUUAGACAGAGACUUCCUGCUGCAACUUCAUGAGGUUGGGGAACCAUCUGAACUUUGCACUGUCAACAUCAGUGAGCAGAAGCUGGAUGCUGUCAAGCCAGAAGACCUCAAGGCAUUUGACAACGUCGCCUACGUGGAUGCAUCCAUUAACUCCCUCUCUUUAGGCUCUUUUGGCAGUUUUGUUUCUUUAAAAGAACUCAAUCUGGCUGUGAACGGCCUUUGCAAUGUCACCUUUGAUGCAAUAGACUUUCCUCAUAUUCAGGUUUUGGAUUUGUCCUACAACUGUUUGUCAGCUGAUGAUGUCGUCUCCUUCAGCCGCCUUCCUCUACUGAAAGUUCUUCAUCUGACCGGAAAUGAGCUUUGUUUGUUUCCGCCUCAUUUUGGAUCACAGUAUCAAGACCCUCUCUCAACUUUGCACACUGAAGAUCCUUUUAACGCCCUGGAGGUCCUGAUGCUCGAUGAUAACAAAUUGUCCUCAGAGGUCUUUGGCAGCCUCUCAGCCCUCAAGAGACUGAAGCACUUAAACCUACAAGGUAACCGCAUCACAAAAAUACCAUAUUUGAAUUUGAUGACCGGCUGCUCCAGACUCGCGCGGACCCCCCUUGAAAAAGAAGGAUGUGCCCUUGAUGAACAGAGGAGUUUUAGCACCAUGUCAAAGGAGAGUGACUUCCUGAGAGCGUUACUGUCACCUCUACCAGAGCUCCAGUACCUUGAUUUAUCUCACAACAAGAUUAAGGAGGAGGAGGCGCUGCUGCCUGCAUCUGUUUUCUCAAAGCUUCGAGAAAUCGACAUUCGCUCCAACGCUUUGACCACAAAGAAAAGCGGAAACCUCCCACUGCUGACAUAUUUCCUCCAGGAGAAGAUGGCAAUAACAGUGACAUGUAAAGAUGUCAAGCAUGGACUCCAGAUGCCUGCUUCUAUUCACCAAAAGGUUUUUGAUGGGUUUGUGGUCACGGAGGUGUCACACAAGCCUUUGUUGCUGCAUCAGUGUGGUCCUGCUCGAAUCCAGUUUGAGGAAGGGAAGUUGGCAGUGGGGUCAAAGAGUAACUUCAAAACAUAUGAACACGUCUUUGUCACAAAGGCAAACAACUUCCCUGAAGACGUCCAUACGUCCAUGAGACUCAAAGACAAGACCGCGCCUGAAGGGUUUUCUCCCAGCAGAAAGAAGAAGAUGGACGCGAAAUCAGAUCCUGAUGUGGUGCGGCCCGUUGGAAUCCAAACAGCUGUUCAAAUGCUGGAGCGCACACUGAAGAAUCUUAAUAUUAACAGACUCUCCAAACCAAAACUCAAUAGCAUCCAGACGCCGUACAGACCAAGACUCAAACGGAUCAAGGAACCACCACCUUUGAGACCAAGACAGAGUGAACUACUUGAUGAGAUAAUCAAGGACUUAAGGUGCUGUAAUACUGGAACUGGUUUGAGGAAGAGAGAACACAAGGAGGCACUCAAGCUGCUGAGGGAUUUGGAGACACAACACAAGCUCCUGCACAGGAAAGUAAUGUAACAAAGAAGGAGCCAAGAGUGACUAGGUAAAGUGUUGCUGAAUACAUAUUAUAAUCUGGAAAUAUCAUUAAUAUUAGGCAUACUUUUUUUCUUUAGACCAGUGGCUAAAUGAUUUAUGAAAUUAUUUAAAUAAUAGGUGACUACUGUAAAUGGGAAAAGUCCAAGUUGUUUAGCAGUAACUUAAACUGAUGAUGUCCCUAUGACAUCAUCACGUAUCCUCAGACAGUUUACACAGUCCAUAAACUGACCUGGAUUUUCCUGCCGGUGAUUAUCAGUGACAAGUUGCAAAUGCACCACACAGUUCCAUCUGGUCCACAACACCCUGAACUUUGUGAUCCUGCGAAGUGAAAAUUAUCUACUAAUACAAGCAAAGCUCGAAAAGACAAAUUGCACAAUCUGCAUAUCUUUUAUUAAGUCCAUAUGGCCUCUGGAAGUCUUUCCAGAUGAUUCACAAUUACAGAAUGUAAACCAAAUUUUUGGAUUGGUGCAUUGUUUUGCGUUUGUUUAAUGUUGAAUUGAGUAUAUUGAUGACUACACAUAAAUAUGGGCCAAUAAAAUUAGUUCUAUCAGUGGUUAAUAAAUCAGAUAAUUUUGUUGAAAUUCUUAAAUAUGACGAUUAAUGUGAACUUGUCAACACUGGAUAGAUAAAUGGGCUCAGGCAUUAUUCACCCCGUGAGAGAAAUGUUGGAUAUAAUAAAUAAAUAUAUUUUGUUAAUCCCACGAGGGAAUUUAGGGAUGUAAAAAUGUGACAUAAUAAAUGGUUUUGGCACUCAGUAGCAUAGUUUUUUUAGAUUCACACUCUGAUUUGAGAAACAAUGAAAAAAAGAUGAACACACUCUAAAAGGGAAAAUCAGUUAUAGAUUACAGUACAUAAUAUAAUAGAAGAAUAUACAAAUAAAAUGAUAUAUAUUUUAUUUUUUAAUGUGUUUUAUUUUCUAAUGCACCUUUUUCAUAUACUUGCCAACCCUUCUGUUUUCCUCAGAAAACUUUUGUAUUUUGUCCUUCAGUUCCACCACCUUGAUGUUUGAGUUUUAAUAGUUUCCCACAUGUUCCACUAUUUUAACUAUGAUGGGGGAAAAAAUCCUCUCUGCAUUCUGCCGUAGGAGCACAGCUUCUGGUCUAAGCAACGCUCAGGCCACAUCAGCGUAACACUUUCUCUAACCGCUAGAGUUGGACCUUCGAGAUAAAAGCAUGGCAGUAAUACAACACAGUUGUAGACGGACAGUCAUGAAAAUAAAGCAAAUUCUGGUUUUUCCAUCAGAUUUUUAAACAGUUUUUGGAAAAACUGUAAUCCCCUCACACACCCAAAAAAUAACUUGGAAAGAACAAUUUAUAAUGUUCUCCCAAAAAAUGGAAAUAUCAGAAAUUUCUGCAUUUCCCUUCAUUGCAUAGCUGUCAUUACCAUUUAGAAAAAUAAGCGAACAUUCUGUAAAAUAAGGUACAAUGAGGAAAAUAAAGCAAGUCCUGAUAUUUUCACCAGGUAUUUUGUUUUUUCCCACCAAAAACUGGAAAGAUCAGAAUUUCCAUAAUUUACUUAUUGCAACCUGUUAACAUUUUCAUUUGAAGAUAAUAUACAUUUUCUGGAGAAAAAAAGGACAAUCAAUGAAAAUAAAGAUAAUUCUGGUCUUUCUAGCAGAUUUUUCAACAGUUUUUGGAAAGACUGUAAUUUCCAUAAUUUACAUAUUUUAUUGCAACCUGUCGACUUUUGCAUUUCAAAAUAAGGUAAACUCUCUCGAAAAAAUGGACAAUCAAUGAAAAAAAGGGAAAUGUGGUCAUUCCACCAGAUUUUCAAAGACUGAUCAAAGAAUGGAAU